AGUUUUUUGUACGUUUAUUUCGAGAAAGAAACAUUCAUAGACGUCUCAAAUUGAAUCUUUUUUUGUUAUAAAUCGAAGAAACGUUAUCUGAUGUUGCUCAUUUUGGAUAACCCAGCUCGUUGUCAAGCAACAGGAGACCGACGUCCAAUGAGAUGCAAAGCAAGCUUCAUGUUUUUGAUGUCUUGGACUCGUUAGAAAGACGCCUAAGGAUCUAUCGGGAAUACAUAUUGUAUCAUUUUUAUAGUUAAAACAAAAUCAUCAGACUUUCCUUGUUUUAUUGGGUGUUUUAUUGAAAAAACUAUAGUCAAGGAACAAGCUGCCAACAACAACAUCAUGGAACUGUAUCUACCAYUAACUAUAGACUUAAGAAAAGACCAACAAAGCUCCAAAGACUAUGGCAUUGACCAUAUAAAUAAACUUUUGGAAGAAGAACUGGCACACCUUAAAUCAUUAAAAAGUCAAAAACAUAGAGAAACUUUGCCGGUUWUAAAGACAAAUGAUGUUAAGUCUGACCAAGUCGAGGGAUUAAAGGAUUAUAAGAAAAGAGUCGAACAAUCAAAAUCAAGAGGUUGUCAGACAACAAGAGAUGAUAGAACACUUGACAGUAAGACUUGUAUUGGACCGUUUUCAGAGAUAAGUCAUGAUUUCACGAGAGAUGGACGGAUUACUGGCAAAGGAGAGGUACCGUUCUUUAAAGUGGCUGCUGAUAGAACUUCCUUAUCUUAUAGGUUGCCUAGGUUACUAGAUUCUCAAGUGCCUAAGACAGCUAACUAUAUUUUUAAUUAUAAGCCUCAAACUCCUGCCAAUCAAAGAAAUCAAAGUCGGAAAACCGAACGGACGAAACGAUCUUCGGGAARACUCGUCCCGCGUUCGCAAGGGAAAUUGUUUAAAAACGAUUCCUUCUCGAGCGACUCCGAUCAUGAUGACAUUACUGAUAGUCUGAAAGUGAAUUACUGUACGAUCACGCCAAGGCAUUCCUUUGAGCAAGAGAAAGAGGAGAAAUCACAGAGAAAGGAAUCAACAGUUGAAAAUAAAAAUUCAAAUAAGGUUUUCCACUUAGCCUGCACAAGGAACCCUUCAAGAUAUCAACCAAUCAGAAAUGAGGACAGACAAUGCUCUUUCUGCGCAGCCUCUGUAAACAUUCACGCGCGCACUUCACAAAACCAAAUUGUGAAAAACGGACGUUCAAGUACUAGGAAGCUAAAGACCGCAGAAAAACCUUUUCUUCCUCAGAUUAAAACAGAAAUAACCGCCAAGAAGGAAGAAGUGAGAAACGAAUGUGAAAAAUGCCGGAAAAGAUUCGAGCAUGCAGAGCAAAAUAGGAUAUCUUUAGCUUUAACUAGUUCCCAACGUAAACGCGAAGCCUCUAACGCUUCAAUAAGGAAAGCCAAAUCAAGGCCAGUAACGAAAGAACGAAAACCCGUAGAAAAAACGCAACAAAAAGACGCAGGUGUGUUGGAAUGCGCAGCGUACGUGCAUGAAGAUGGAUCAUUGUCGCUUCUACCAGGGGCGUUUAUUUUACGUAAAAAUGACUACAACGUGUGGUCAAGGAAUGGAAAAACCUCUGAACAGAAUUUGACUAGUGAUUCGAGUUUACCUCGACUUGUGCAAUAACCCCGGCGCAAAGUAGACGUUUUUUUACCAUUUAAUUUGGCGCUGAAGAGAAAACAGAGUUUCUCCUUUUACUUUGCUGUGUAAUCAUUCGUAUUACGUGAUGAACGUGUUGAAAUGCAUUAGGAAUUCAGUGGCAAUUCAAAAUUUCACGACGAAUUUUGUAUAUUCGUAGCGUUCUUCCUUUGUAGUUGGUGUAGUUGUAAAUUCGGUUGAAGUUAUUGAAGAAGUCAUUGUUCUUGAACAUC